AUAAAACACCGCCUUUACACGAUGAUUUAAUCAUUGAUAACGAUGUUAUUGAUGUUGUAGCACCAUGUCCUGCUAAUUUUAUGUCUGGAACUACCACUUCUAUUGAUCCUUCUAUUAUUAUUACAACAACAGCAAAUAUUAUUACUAACACUAAUAUGACGAUAACAACAAAUAUUGGUCGUAAUGACUCUCAGAAGUCAACCACUUCAAGUGGAUAUGUCGACUCUAGUGAUGAUUAA